AUGUCAACUAAUGCACCUGGUGAUGGCCCUGAAUCGGCUCCAGUUCCCAUUAAUAGUGUUGAUUCCGAGUCACUUAAAAAUUAUGCAUCAACUUCGGCUCCCAAUCAUGGUGUUGACUCCAACUCGGUUAUAAAUCGUGAACCAACUUCAGUUCCAAUUAAUAAUAUUUGCUCCGACUCGGUUAUUAACCACGAAGUAACAGUUCCCAUUGAUGUUAGUUCCGACUCAGCUGUUGAUGACGAGCAAACUUCAGCUCAAAUUGAUAGUGUCGGCUCCGAAUCGGCUAAUAAUGGUUCCGACUCAGCUAUAUAUCAUAAUCAAACUUCUGUUCCUACUCAUGUGUUAAUCUUAACUCCCGUUUAUUAUACCAAUUACGACUCGGCUAAUAACCGUGUAUUAAUUCCUUCUCAUGUUCCCAAUCAUGGCGUUGACUCCGACUCUCACAUUCACGGUAUUGGCACCAAUACGUCUAUAAAUUAUGAGCAAACUUCAGUUCCUAAUCAUGGUCUUGAUUCCGACCCACCUUCAAUUCACUUUCACAUUCACAGUAUUGACACCAACUCGUUUAUAAAUUACGAACAAACUUCAGAAAAAUUUCGGUUCCCAUUGAUGGUAUUAGUACGACUCACUUUAAAUUAUGAGCAAACUUCAGUUCCCAAUCAUGGCGUUGACUCCGACUCAGCUGUAAAUUAUGGGAAAACUUCAGUUCCCAAUCAUCGCGUUGACUCCAACUCAGCUUCGAUUCCCCUUCACACUACGGUAUUGACACUGUCUCGUCUACAAAUUAUGAGCGAACUUCAUUUCUAA